AUGGGCAGCAUUGAUCAAGUUCCCAGUGACCUGCUUGGUCUCAAUGGCACCACCGAUCUCCAAGGGAUACGAGAGCGUCUCCCAGAGCUCUUUGACGAAAAUAUUACUGCAAAAAUAUUGAGAACAGCAGUCAAGCAUCUUGAAGGAAACAACCCUCCUACAAAGUACCCCGAGAUCGUACCCCAGGACGGUCCCAACUAUGGUCACUACCAAGUGCGAAACAUCGACUUUUGGACCUGCGGCUUUUUCCCUGGCUGCAUUUAUUCGCUUUUGGAGAGAUUCAUCAAGUACCCUGAGAGUAUAAAGUCAAGCACCAGCAAUGGCAAGAAUCUCUUCGCUGUGCGACGUCGGCUUGAAGCUCUAGGCCGUACCUGGUCGGACCCGAUCCACGGAGAAUCCCGUCUCACCAACACACACGAUAUGGGAUUCAUCAUGUUACCACAUAUGCGACCCAGAUGGGAACUCUAUCACGAUGAAAAAGCUCUUGAAAGUAUUAUUACAUCCGCAAGAAAUUUGGCUACUCGGUUCAGCCCAGCAGUGGGAGCCAUUCGUUCUUGGGAUGAAGAUAUUUGGUUGCUGGUGACCUCUGGUAGAGGGAAACUGGGUGAUUACAUUGUAAUCAUUGACUCUAUGUGCAAUCUUGACCUUCUAUUCUACGCAGCCGCGCAAACAGGCGAUGUCUAUUUGGCACAGAUUGCAGAGACCCAUGCUCGGACCCUUCUGAAGUCUCACAUCCGGCCCGAGCCCAACUUGGCGCGCAACGGCUAUGGUGGGAUGCUCUACAGCAGCGGUCAUGUUGCCAACUUCUCUUGGUCAACUGGCGAGGUCCUGGAGAGACUCACGGCGCAAGGUCAUAGCCCAACCUCGACGUGGUCGCGUGGUCAGGCCUGGGCUAUCCUUGGUUAUGCUCAGACUUACAUGUGGACCAAGAAGAGUGAAUUUCUUCAUGUAGCUUGCGGGUUGGCCGAAUUCUUUCUCCUCAAAAUGGAGACAGCCCCAGACUGUGUUGAGAUUGACAUUCAGGGGCCGAACGGGAGUCUGAAAAAGGUCGGGCGAUAUGUUCCGAUGUGGGACUUUUCAGCACCAUUAGAAGAGUUCUCUCCACCACUAAGGGACACUUCGGCUGGGGUAUGCGCGGCGAAUGGUUUUCUUGUUCUGUCACAGGCAUUGGCAAUAGAGAAUAGGUCUUUGAGCGCAAGGUAUCUCGAAGCUGCUAUCGCAAUUGUUGAGGACACUCUGGCAUACUCUCUUUCGCAGGAAAAGGCCGAACUUGCAACCCACGGCGAUGAGUUGAUUGGGGUCGAUUCAGUAGAUGGCAGGACUUUUGAGUCGAUUCUGCGGAAUGCCACAGUCUCAAAUAAUCCGGCCGGGAUGGUACAGAUUAGGGAUCAUGGGUUGGUAUAUGCUGACUACUAUUUGAUUGAGUUUGGGACGCGACUUCUUAGAAUGGGGCUAUUGUAG